AUGAGUCGAUUGAAUCUAGACUACUAUGGAAAACCUAAAAGCGCUGGACGGCCGUUUCGUCCUAUUGUGGGACUCCUAAGCAGUUCAGUACGAAAACGCCGUCCAGUGCAGUGGAGAAAAGUCAGCAGAUGCAGUCCUGUGGUAGCCGGUCACCAACGAUUAGUUAAUAUGUCAUUUGUUACUUCAGGAUACUGGAGCACAUGUGCACCAUUA